UCUUCUGCCAUCAAACCACAUCCCUGCACCUUCAUCUAUCGAUCCACUCAUCCAGCACCUACACUUCGAUUCCUUUGAGAUCUCUCUCCCACAAUGCUGACGAGGUCCUUCUUUGCUCCCCUGCUCGUGCUGCUCUUGCUCUCGGUGUCCAAUGCCAACUCAGUCCAAGACACCGGCUGCUCCCUCAAGAGCUCCACCCAGAAGAUUGUAUUCGUCCUCGACAACUACGGCGCCCGUGGUGACGGGAAGCACGACGACACGCAGGCGCUGGCCAGGGCGUGGAACGCGGCGUGUUCCUCGUCCCGGCCGGCCGUGCUGCUUGUCCCCAAGGGCAAGACCUACCUGCUCAAGGCCAUCACGCUCUCUGGCCCCUGCAAAUCCAACAUCGUCUUCAAGGUGAAGGGCUCGCUCAUCGCUCCUUCGAGCAUGUCAGCGUGGAGCGAGAAUGAUAGGAGGCGCUGGAUCUUCCUCCAGCGCGUCACCGGCCUAACCGUCAAUGGCGGCGGGACCAUCAAUGGCAACGGCGAGAUGUGGUGGAAGAACUCGUGCAAGACCAACAAGGUUCUCCCGUGCAAGGAGGCUCCCACGGCCUUGUCAUUCCACCUCUGCAAUAGUCUGAAGGUGGACAACCUCAAAAUUGUAAACAGCCAACAAAUGCAUGUGUCGGUUCAGGACUGCAGCAACGUGCACCUGGCUCGGCUCACCAUCACCGCGCCUGGCACGAGCCCAAACACCGACGGCAUCCACAUCACCCAUAGCAAAUAUGUGCAGGUCAGGGACUGUCUCAUCAGGACCGGUGAUGACUGCGUGUCCAUCGAGAAUGGAACUCACAACCUUCAUGUCACAAGAGUUGUGUGUGGCCCGGGACAUGGCAUCAGCAUUGGAAGCUUAGGAGACCAUGAGUCCAGAGCAGAGGUAUCCCGUAUUUACAUCGACACCGUACGAUUGUAUGGCACGACCAACGGAGCCCGGAUCAAGACAUGGCAGGGAGGGAGCGGAUACGCCAAGGACAUCGUAUUCCAGAACAUGAUCAUGGAUAACGUCCAAAACCCGAUUAUCAUCGACCAAAACUACUGUGACUCCGCCAAGCCGUGUACUAAGAACCAGAAAUCGGCGGUCGAGGUGCGGAAUGUGGUGUUCAAAAACAUUAGAGGGACUACCAUUUCUAGGGAUGCCAUCAAUCUUAGCUGUAGCAAGGAUCUCCCGUGUUCUGGCAUUGCCUUAGAGAACAUCGACCUUAAUUUGGAGGGUGGCAAGGGUGGCACAGAGAGUACCUGCCAGAACGCAAGAUGGAAAAAGUUUGGAAAUGUUGUUCCACUACCAUGCAAAGGAAAAAAGUAAGCUGUAGUGGAAACGGGCCAGUUUAGCAUGCAUGUAUAA